GGCGUGAAGUGGCUGAAUGACUUUUCCCAGCAGGCCCAGCCAUGACUCCUGGCUGGCUCUGCCAUGACCUGGCCCCACUGCCUGGGCACCCCGGCCCAUCUGCCCCACACCCACCACCAGGAGCAGGACCUGUGUGGGCAGGGUAUGGGGCCAGGGUGAUGAGACGGAGCCAUGUGUCAGUGGGGAUCCGUGUCUGGGAACAGGAUGGGCAGGUGGGGCUGGGAAUCAGGAUCACAGGGUGGUGACAUCAUGGGCUCGGGUCAGAGCUGUGAUGUGCUUCCUGCACAUCCUUGCAACAGGUGCCAGUUCCACAGCCAGGGGCAUGCAGGGAGCGGAUUUCAGCUCUGCCCUGGGCUCCAGCCCCAGACUGUCACCACCCAGCAAUCCCAAUCCCUGGCUCUGGCCUGCUCCUAGACACAGCUCCCCAUCUGGCCAGUUAUGUGCUGGGGCCACUUAGGACACUUUGGUGAGUUGUUGAAGGGGAGGGAAGGGUGCUGAUCCAGCCUGCGACAGCUCACUAGAACUCCCUAAGUGGCCCUCUGGCCAAAAUAAUUGCCCACCCCUGCCAUAGAGUUAUUCAGAAUUUAUUUGUACAGGAAGUCAAAUGGAUCUCUGGGAGAGCAGGGCGCUGAACCAAGGCAUCACAAGUCCAAGGCUAAUAUCUUACCCUUGGGCCGUCCAAUUAGAGGGUGAUGGGGAGCUGCAGACCCGCAGGCUGCAUGGGCUGCACACAGUGGGGAUGGCCCUCCUGGAUUCCCCAGACUGUGCCCCCAUUGGCCCCUCUCUCACUGUGCCACCUUGCACUCAGGAGUGGGGCAGGAAGCAGAAGCUGGAAGGGGAGGGGAAAGCCCAGAGCUCCUAACUACUAUAGCAGAAGGAGCAAUGGGAGGAGUUGUGGUCAGGAGGGAGCUCUUGGGCCACAUGUUAACUCCUCAUGCAUGCUACAUGCAGCUCAUAGACAGCCAAUAGAACAGCCUUACCCUAAUCCACGGGUAUCCUGCCCUCUGAUCUGUUGUGAUCCAUUAUGUUUUACAGCUCUUAAUAUUUCUGUUAAAGUGUACACAUUCUAAUUCUAUUCCAGUUGAAGCAAAAAAACACAAACUCCAGAACAAAAUGUAGUUGAGAAUUUGGUGUAAAUACAUCAGGAAACUACAAGAAAAUGUUGUUCCAGCCUCUGAGAUCGUUGCUGUAGAAGAAACCGAAAUUGAUAAGAAGCAAUGUGAUAGUGGAAAAUGGCAAAAAAUGUCAAAACUGCAUGCUUUCACAGUGCAUUAUAUUAAAAGAGCACGAAACCACCGCUGGCGGUGCAGUGAAAUAACUUUUUGGUGCAUUGAUGAACAGCUGUGUAACCAGUGGAUACAGGCACUUAAAGAAUUACUUGAUUCACAGAAGUCUAGGCCAAAGCAAUUGCUUGUAUAUAUUAAUCCAUAUGGUGGAAAACGGCAAGGGAAGAGGAUCUAUGAACAAAAAGUGGCUCCACUCUUUAAUCUAGCUUCUAUCUCAGCUGAUGUUGUUAUAACUGAACAUGCUAACCAUGCUAAGGAUAACUUAUUUGAAGUUAAUAUAUAUAAAUAUGAUGGUAUUGUUUGUGUUGGUGGGGACGGCAUGUUCAGUGAAGUGAUGCAUGGUCUAAUUGGAAGAAUACAGAAGGAUUCUGGCAUAGAUCAAAAUAAUCCCAAAACGCCGCUAGCCCAAUGCAGUAUAAGGAUUGGCAUAAUCCCUGCUGGUUCCACAGAUUGUAUAUGCUAUGCGACAGUGGGCAUCAUUGAUCCAGAAACAUCAGCAUUACAUAUUAUUGUAGGUGACUGUCAGCCUUUGGAUGUCUCCUCUAUACAUCACAACAACACAUUUCUGAAAUACUCGGUAUCACUGUUGGGUUAUGGUUUUUAUGGAGAUAUAUUAAAAGACAGCGAAAAGAAGCGGUGGAUGGGUCCAAUGAGAUAUGACUUUUCAGGUUUCAAGACGUUUCUCUCUCAUCAAUACUAUGAGGGAACAGUUUCUUUUCAACCAGCAAAAGGUACAGUGGGAUCUCCAAGAGAUAAAGAAAGCUGUAGAACAGGGUGCCACAUUUGCAGACAAACUAAACAACUAGAAGAGCAACAGAAGAACUAUGGAUUUGAACAUAAAGAGGUUGAAGAUGAAUGGAAAGUUAUUAAAGGAAAGUUUUUAGCUAUCAAUGCAGUAAAUAUGAGCUGUGCUUGUCCACGGAGUCCAAAAGGCCUAUCACCAGCAGCUCACUUGGCUGACGGCUCUGCUGACCUCAUUCUAGUUCGCAAAUGCUCCAGAUUUAAUUUUCUGCGGUAUCUUGUCAGACAUACAAACCAGGAUGAUCAGUUUGACUUCCCAUUUGUAGAUGUUUAUCGGGUGAAGAGGUUUCAGUUUACAUCAAAGCACUUGGAAGACAAUGAAAGUGAUAUCAAGGAUGUAGGAAAGAAACGUUUUGGUCAGUUCUGCAGUGAUCAUCCAGCCUGUUGCUGCAAUCUGGCUAACAGCACCUGGAACUGUGAUGGUGAAACGUUGGAUAGUUCAGCUGUUGAAGUCAGGGUUCGUUGUCAGUUAGUAAAACUCUUUGCAAGAGGAAUAGAGAUCUAUAAAGAUGAAGCUGCUUACAACUCGAGUUCAAAUGAACUAUUAUCAUAGAUAUCCUUCCAUGCCGUUAAAAAGUUUGUUAUUAUGAGUAAAUAUGCAUUUCAACCAUUGUUAUAAAUAUUUUAAAAUUGGAAAUUAUUUUUGAUGUUUACAGUAUAAUUUUAGAAAUAUUUUAUUCCACCUACCUACUUUUUAAGGAUUAUAAUUUUCUGUGCAUCAUCAGGUUAUAGUUCGGAGUAGCUUAAUCUGAAUUAUGUGUGGUAGGAAGGAAGAAUUGACUUACAUUUUACAAUGACUGAUGUCCAGUGUAUUUUUAAAAGAGAAUUUAAUGGAUGUGCUACAAUAAUAAGUAGGUGUUAUGAAGUAUUGUACUUAGCAUUGAAAACAUGAUUGGAGUAGAUCAAAAUGAGGCCUCUGUAGUGUCAAUUGGACAAGGCCACUUUGAUAGAAUUAUUCUAUAAAUGCAUGUGAUUAAAUCCUGGAGGGUAAUAACAUAAUGUCAUUCAUUUUACCUUUUUUUUUUUUUGGUAAAAUUUGAUAAAAUGCAUUAUAUUAUUCGGACUAUACCUUGCAACUUAUCAAUGCAAUUCAAAUAUACAUUCCUGGCUUUAAAUAAUAAUUUUAAUAGUUUUAGAAAUAUUUUAGUAAAUACAAAGCACAUCUGUAUAUAGAUCAUAUUUUAUUUUACAUAGGGUAUUUAUAAAAGCUCCCUUGCAUGUUCCUCUGUAACAUUUUAAAUGGGUUUUAUGAACUGUCUGGACAUUACCAAAUAUAUAAACUGCAGCAGAUAAAUCAUGGGAGCAGCUUACAAGGGCAUUUUAUAAUACCAGAAAGCCACAGGCAAGGGAAAGAUUAUAAAUAUAUUAUAAAGCACCAGCAAGUUUUAAAUUUUUAAAAAUAUUCAAAAAGCAUAUACAAAAAUCUUCCCUCUUCAGGAAUGACAAUGGCACAGUCCUUUGGAGAUUCUAUUUACAAGGUGAAAUGUCUUCAAAAUAAGGUGUCAGUAUGUUCAUCUUAAAUAUGUAACUUGAUUGACUCCAAGGUUUUUACAUACUUUUAAAGUUAGGUCUAGAAAUAGGAUAGCAUGAUGUGAAGUCAUAGGAAGAAACUGGCAUUUGAGAAUUCACGAAUUAGUCUCUUAACUGUUUGCUGUUUGUAGCAAAGAAAAUGGACUAUCCUGAACAGAAAUGUGGCAACUAUUUAAAUAUAUAUAUUUAGUUUGUGUAUUGUAACACUCCUGUGCUCUGUGUAGAUUUGGGGCCAGAUUCUGCCCUAUUAUGACAGGUUACACCUCUGUAAUAGAGAUAAGAAUUUAGCACCCUUUAUCUAUGCUGCAUUUUGCUGACUGUAUUCUUUGCUUUAAAAGGUUCCAUGUCUUUUGUUUUGUGUCUGAAUAACUAACAGUACUGUAUUUACAUAUAUUUAUUGAAAUUUAUGUUGUACUGUUUUUCUCCCAUCUGUUUGUUUUGUCUAAACCUUGAUAACUGUUCAUUUUAUUGCUAAAGCACUUGAAAGAACAGUUAUCUUAGAUGGUUGCUUUUUUCGUUGAAGAUAUUUACAUUCAAGUCAAUGUGUAAUUACUAAUGGUGUGCUGUAUCAUCACUACACUCUUCUCCUGCUGUAUAUCAUAACAUUUAUACAAAGUAAUUUCAUUUAAAAAUACAAUACCAUAGAGCUUAGGAUCUAUUUUUCAUUAUGUACUGUCAGAAAAAUACUUGAAGAUUUUUUCUAAAAGUUGUGCUAUUUUAUCCUGUUUUGCAGUGGAAUGAGUUGGAACAUUGAUUGGACCAAGGUUGUUCACACAUAUUUAACUUUAAAAUCUUAUUUACAUUUUAUUUUUCAAACCACAUUUACAAAGCGUAGCACAAUAGUUUGAAGUAAAUACCUCUCUGAAAAUACUGUUAUCCUAUUUACAAAAAUAAGUAUUUUAUAAAGGCAUUAAGUCUGUGUGAAAGCUGUCAGUCCAGUUCAGUGAUAGGCUUGUAGAGGGAAACCAUGCUCAAGUUCUUUUGAACCGUGGGCAGGCAGAGGCUCACCAGCUGGCUCACCAGUACUGUAGAUGUGGCACAUUCAGUUCACCAGCAGAUACACUGCGGCAUCUAGUCGUAGUUGGUUAGGAGCAUUUUCUAGGAACUUACGGAUGAGUAUUAUCUAGCUGUCCCAGGUAGUUUCUUAACUCAGGUAAGAGGUUCAAAUACAGGCAAAGCAAGGAUAGAUAGGUAAAAUCCCUUAAACCUGUCAUGAAUAUUCAUUGCAACUCUUUUAGGAACUCCUACUGCCUGAAUCUGUUUGUGGUGUUUCCAAAAGAACUCCAUUCUAAAGGACCUUAUUACAAGGAAUAAAGAAGUUGCAUACUAUAGAAAGUAAAUAUUUGCGCUAGUGCAACAUAGGAAAGAGUUCAAUAACUGACAAGCUAUGUAGUUGCAGCUGAAUAUUUUUCCUUGUAGCAUAUUACAUUAGCGAAGAACUAUAUAUAAUUAUUUGACAUCUUUUGGUUUAGAAAAAAAUCUGUGUAAGUACUGUCUGCUUGUAUCAUGAUUCAUAGUAGAAUAGGACUCUUUCUCUCACAAAAGACAGUCUCAAUGUAGAAAUUAUGGACGGAAAAACUAAUAGGUUUUAAUCUUGCUGGUUUCAAGAUUAGAAAAAUACAUUGUCUUGUGAUCAUGUGAAGCCCUCUGAAAAAUAAAGGA